AUGGGCAAGAAGGACGGUAAGGAUGUUACUGAGCCCAAAGGUGCCAGUGACGGCAGUACAACUGCUGGACCAAUACCUGGGAAGAGUCCAAAGGGGAAUGGUAAUGGUGGCAGAAGACAAGCACAUAAGUAUCAUGGCAAGAACCACAUUGGUCAUAAGAAACAACAGAGAUUUGAAGGCCAAGGUAAUGGUUCAAAAUCUAUUGAGGAUGAUUUUGAUACGACUAUUGCCGAAGAAUUAAACAGUGGUAAUUAUAAGAUGAAGGGUCGUAGAGCCCAAGUUUCAAUCAACCAUCUUUUGCAAUUGCAAUUCCCAGAGAUUAAGAAAUCCCCUGAAAAUAUUCCACCCAGGUCAGUUAGAAGGAAGCAAGAUAAAAGUAGCAAUCAUAUACGUUUACAUGGAGAUUCGUUUGUCAAUGCCCACUAUAGAGUUUUGGCGGACAAUCGAGUCAGUUACAAAGAACAGAGUAAUAAUCCCAAUGUACCGGUGCCGCGUGAAAAUAUUGUUAGAAUAGUGGUUCCACCGGGUCAAAAUUGUCCAAUAUGUCUUAGUGAAGAACCUGUUGUGCCUCGAAUGGUGGUUUGUGGCCACAUAUUUUGUCUAAGUUGUCUGUUGAGCUUCUUUGCGGCUGAAGAGACUGUAAAGAAUAAAGAUACAGGUUACGUUCAGAGGAAGAAGUUCAAAGAGUGUCCCCUAUGUGGUAGUAUCCUGCGCUCUCAAAAUUUCAAACAAGUUAUCUUUGACACUGCUCAACAUCAAGAACGACCACAAAUUGGCAAAGAGUCCGUUUUCCAAUUGAUGUGCAGACCACACGGAUCUAUGUUGCCAUUACCAGUGCAGUUGGGUGUUGAUCCUCUAGCUGUUGGUGAUUUCCCACCUGUGGAAAUGUCACAUUUGGCGCCCUAUGCACGUAUGAUGACUUGCAGUUCUGGUUAUGCGAUUGAACUUUUGGAAAGGGAUAUCGAUGCCCUCAAUACACAGUACGAAGUAGAUAGGGUACUGUACAACGACAAUGGAAAGUUUUACAAAUUGGCAUUAGAAGAUUUAAAUGCUGGUGUAGCUCGUAUCUUGCAGGAUCUCGAUAAGGAACCUGUCGAUGUGCCGUCAUUGGCUUCAUUACAACUGGGCACUAACUUAAAAUCCAAGUAUGAUGAGUCUAAUGCAUUUUUCUUUUUCCAGACAGCAUUCCAUUCUUCCACAAGAUAUUUCUUAUCACCAUUAGAUGUUAAAAUGUUACUGUUCACUUUUGAACGUUAUUCACGUUUCCCAGAUGAGUUAAAAGCAGUUAUUGAGAAUGUAAAUUAUGAUACGGUGGUUACGGAAGAUUUGAUCACACGUUAUAAGUACAUUUCACAUUUGCCGCUAGGUACUGAAAUUGCAAUGAUCGAAUUGGAUUGGAGAUCGACUAACUUAAUUCCUCAAGAGGUCUAUGAGAAAUUUGCUCCAGAAUUGAAGGAAAGACGUAGACGUCUUCACAUGAGAAGAACUAGAGAGGAUAAGCAAAAGAAAUUAUAUGAGAAAAGAAUCGAGCAAGAACAUAAAGAAUUUUAUCAGAGGGAGAACGGUGAAGAAUACAUACCAGAAGUCAUUUACGAUUCACCUGAUCCAGUUUUAGAUUCUUUAAGGCUGGAAUCUGAUGCCGUAGUUGAUAAACAGGAACCUCAUAAAAAAGAGAAGACCAUUUGGGGGACUUCAAUCCCCGUAGAUGAUGAAGCCUCGAGAGAAAAUGAGGAAUUUGAAGCCAUGUUGCGUGAAAGAAUGCAACAAGCUGAAAGUGUUGGCGAUACUCAACCCCCCACACAAGGCGGUAAAAAGGACAAGAAGAAGAAAAAGAGUAAAGUGAUGCUGUUCAGCAGUAACCAUCACACCCUUUAA